AUGGCUCCUCCACGUCGGAUCUUGCUGGUCAGCAGCCCUCGAACGGCUUCAAACCUCCUGCUGAAGAUCUUGGAUUUGCCUGACCAGCCGAAUGUCCUCUCCAACGACCAAGGGGGUUAUUACUUCUUCCCGUCUUUCGUAGCUACUUCGUCCAACAACCGUAUCUGCCGGCCCUUCGACCAAUGGACCGAGCAAGAUCGCGCCGACGUCCAGGCAGCCUUUCAACAAAGCUUCGACCAGCUCGAGGAGUUCACCACUCGCGCCAGUCAGGAAAGCAAGAUCUUCUUUGCCAAGGAACAUUCCCCCUGGCUCUUUGACCCUCUGGCACUGAAAGAUAUUCUGUCGCUGAAUGAAAAUGACAACCACGGGGGAAAUGGAGACGUAGAUGACGCCUUCCCAUUCCGCCUGCAAAUCCCCAGCACUUAUACGACGUCUCCGACCUUCUCCGCCCGCAAUUACACCAUCUUUCCAGAUGAGUACCUGAGGACCUUCCGCAUGACGUUCAUCAUCCGCCAUCCUGCGUUAAUGUUCCCGUCGUUCCAUCGCGCGAUGAGCAAGAUGCUGCCUCUUGGUAUCAUUACCGAGCAAAAUUUCGAAGGUAUCGCUAUAUCCAAUAUGACUCUACGAUUCUCACGGAUGCUGUACGACUGGUGUCUAGAACAAAAUGACCCGGAAGCGAGGCCUGUGAUCUUGGAUGCCUACGACGUGAUCCAUCACCCCGAGGUUGUGGCUCAGUACUGUGAUCAGGCUGGACUAGACUCCAGCAAGUUGAAAUUUGAGUGGGACCACACGUCGAGCAAUAAAGGAACGGGUGCCUAUGCUCGUCAACGGACUGAACAGAGGGGCUUGUUCAAUCCAGAGGCCACCAAGAUUAUGGUAUCGACCCUGACGGGGUCAUCUGGGCUCGUCAAGUCCAAGACCCCCGAGAAAGUGGAUAUUGGUCUGGAAGUGGCCAAGUGGAAGGACGAAUUUGGCGAAGAGAUAGCCAAGAAGAUUGAGCAGAGGGUCAGGGAGGCCAUGCCAGACUAUGAAUACCUCAAUGCACGCCGUUUAGUGGCGUAG